ACAAGAGUGAGUCACCACUACACUCUCAACCAUCAACCAUCAACAAUCAACCUCCUUAAUCCUUAUCCCCCCACUUCCUUACCCGCCGUUCUUAUCAUCUUUUUACCCACCGCCCACAAAAUAAUUAUCAACAAAAAGAUCAGAGAAUUGAAGCUUCCAUAUCAACUCUCCAGUCCUUGGAAGCCAUACACAAAGAUCUAGCUGCUUUCUAUGAAUCCUUGGAGCAGAGAAAAAGUGAGCUAGCUAGGGCUUAAUUUGAGAAUUUGGGCAUUUGUUGGGUUUCAAUCUGCUUGAUGGGUAUGUUUGAUGAAAUGGUUUUCUGUGGGAAUCUUGAAUUCCAAUCUGAGCCUCCUGGGAUUGAAGAAAUGGGAGUUGAAGUGGAAGCAAAGAUUGCAGGUGAAGGGGAUGAUGAUGAUGAUGGGUGCAGUGAUGAGGAUGUGGAUGUUCACGAGCUCGAGAGGAGGAUGUGGAGGGACAGGGUGCUGCUGAGGAGGCUGAAGGAGCGGAACGAGAGUAAGGAGGGCGAUGAUGGGGCGAAACAGCGCCCGUCCCAGGAGCAAGCGCGGAGAAAGAAGAUGUCCCGGGCACAGGAUGGUAUACUAAAGUACAUGCUGAAAAUGAUGGAGGUGUGCAAUGCCCAGGGUUUCGUGUACGGGAUUAUUCCCGAGAAGGGGAAGCCUGUGAGUGGAGCUUCUGAUAAUCUCCGAGCGUGGUGGAAGGAAAAGGUUAGGUUUGACAGGAAUGGCCCUGCUGCUAUUGCCAGGUACCAGGCGGAAAAUAACAUCCCGGGAAAGAUCGAGGAUUCUUCGAGUGUGGUGGUGUCAACGCCCCACACAUUGCAAGAGCUCCAGGAUACUACGCUCGGUUCGCUCUUAUCGGCUCUGAUGCAACAUUGUGAUCCCCCGCAGAGAAGGUUUCCGCUCGAGAAGGGCGUAUCUCCGCCUUGGUGGCCAACUGGAAACGAGGAAUGGUGGGGUGAAUUGAGUCUGCCAAAGGAUCAAGUUCCUCCUCCCUAUAAGAAACCCCAUGAUUUGAAGAAGGCCUGGAAAGUCGGCGUUUUGACCGCAGUUAUUAAGCACAUGUCCCCCGACAUUGCCAAGAUCUGCAAACUCGUGCGCCAAUCCAAAUGUUUGCAGGAUAAGAUGACCGCCAAGGAGAGUGCCACCUGGCUUGCUAUCAUCAAUCAAGAGGAGGCGUUGGCUCGGAAGAUGUAUCCCGAUAGCUACCCGAAGUGCUCUUCUUCAGCUCUCGGAAAUGGACUGUAUCUCAUCACCGACCCGAGCGAUUACAACGUUGAAGGAGUGGAUGAUGAUGAGGAGAACAUUGAAGUAGUGGAUUACAAACCCCGCAACAUCAACUGCCUCAACCUCGUGGUCGGGGCACCUAAAGUUCAGAUAAAAGAAGAGAUUCUUGAUAUCACCUCACAUUUCCUCGGGAAGAGAAAGCAGGCAGCUGUUGAGGAUCCCGCAGAUCAGAUGAUUUAUACUUGUGAGUAUCCUAAGUGUCCUUACAGCAAUUACCUAAUGGGCUUUAAUGACAGGAAUUCAAGGAAUAAUCACCAGAUUAUCUGCCCAUUCCGUCUUAAUUCUUGCCAAAACCUUGGCACGCUAAACUACCAAAUGAAUAAUAGCAAACAAGCGGUUUACUCAUCAGCUGCCCCGAUGGCGCCCAAGACAACUGGUGCAUCAGCGAUAUCUUCCUCAUCCAUGGAUGUUUCUAGCCUUGGACUACCCGAAGACGAUGAAAGGGCGAUUUCUGAACUUUUCUCGUUUUAUGAUAACAAUCUUCAACAAAACGGAGGCUUCAAUUCCGGGAAUCUUAAUGGCGUUGAAGAUCAUCAAAACCUGCUGCAACACACGGCUCAACUUCAAGUGGAUGACUACUUCUCAACGGCGGGAGGUGGAAUGUUUCAGCCGCAAGCAAAUACGCCCGUGACUCACUCGGUUUUGCCAUCAACCGAAACCCAAUAUGAUCAAAGCAAGUCACAAUAUGAAUCUGCCUUCAAUAGGAACUCGAGUGAUAUUGAUGAUUUUAAGUUCGGUUCCCCGUGCAAUUUGGUUGAUUACUCAAUGGAUCAGCUUCCGAAGCAGGAUGGAUCCACAUGGUACUUCUGAAACCAGGUAGGAUCUAUCCAAUUGCUCCAAAGGACUCACCAAUGCCUGCCUUAACUUUAAAUAACUAAGCUUUUUUAUUAGAUAAACUGUCGUAGAUGUUAAAAUACCGUACCAUAUGAAACUCCUAUAUAUGAAGCCUAUAUAUGCUGCAAAAGCUUUUAUGUAGUUUUGGAACUAUGUAUAAUUGAUGAACUAUCAAAAUGGGCAAAGAGCUCUGAUCUGAAGAUGACAACCUUGCUCUCUUCCCCUCUUGCCCUUGAUGAAGUUGUUCUUAGGAUGUACUUUUAUUAUCUCAAUACCAAUAUCUAUCAAUGUAUAUUAUACUUGAUUAAGAUGCAUAUGUGAAUAUCUAUGAUGCUUUGUCCA